AUGUCAACCGCAGCCAUGGAUACAGCUCGAAAGUUAGUUGAAGACAAACAAUACGAGAAAGCUGAGCAAGAAUACCUUCAAUUGAUUAAUAAAGAUUUGUCAUCCAAUUCUGACAAAGUUAGAAAUGAAAUGGAAUCAUGUAUAUUGGAAUUGGGUCAAUUGUAUGUCAGUACCAAUGCAAAGGAUAAAUUACGUGAAUUUAUACCACGUUCGACCGAUUAUAUGAUGCAAUUUGCAAAAUCUAAGACUGCUAAAGUAUUAAAGACAUUGAUUGAAAAAUUCGAAAAUAUUCCAGAUUCCUUAGAUGAUCAAAUAUUUGUUUGUCAAAAGAGUAUUGAAUUUGCCAAAAAUGAAAAAAGAAUCUUUUUGAAACAUUCUUUAGAGAUUAAAUUGGCUACUUUACAUUAUCAGAAGAAACAAUAUCAGGACUCAUUGAAACUUAUUGAUGAAUUAUUGAAGGAGUUUAAAAAAUUGGACGAUAAACCUUCAUUAGUCGAUGUUCAUCUUUUGGAAAGCAAAGUAUAUCAUAAGUUGAGAAAUCUAGCUAAAUCCAAAGCUGCAUUAACAGCUGCGAGGACAGCCGCAAACUCAAUCUAUUGCCCAACUGUAACAAUGGCUGAGUUAGAUUUAAUGAGUGGUAUAUUACAUUGUGAGGAUAAGGAUUAUAAAACUGCAUUUUCUUACUUCUAUGAAAGUUUUGAAAGUUUCCAUAACCUAAAUACAUCAACUUCUUAUGGAAAGGCAUGUCAAGUUUUGAGAUAUAUGUUACUUUGUAAAAUCAUGCUGAAUUUGAUUGAUGAUGUUAAAAAUAUAUUAAAUGCCAAAUAUACCAAAGAAACCUAUCAGUCCCGUGGAAUCGAUGCAAUGAAAGCAGUUGCGGAAGCUUAUAAUAAUAGAUCUUUACUAGAAUUCAAUACCGCAUUGAAACAAUACCAAGAUGAAUUAAUGAAAAGUGAUGAUUUAACCAGAUCUCAUUUCAGUGCUCUAUAUGAUACCUUAUUAGAAUCUAAUUUAUGUAAAAUCAUUGAACCAUUUGAAUGUGUGGAGAUUUCUCAUAUUUCUAAGAUGAUUGGAUUAGAGCCACAACACGUAGAGGGGAAACUAUCUCAAAUGAUUUUAGAUAAAGUCUUUUAUGGUGUUUUAGAUCAAGGGAAUGGCUGGUUAUAUAUCUAUGAUACGCCGCAUCAAGAUGCUGCUUAUGACUCUGCAUUGGAAUUGGUGGGUGAGUUGAACACUAUUAUUGAUCAUUUAUAUGAAAAGGCAAGUGUAUUGUAUUAA